UCUGAGUCGCACUGACUCGUACAUGCUCCAGGCACUAAGAGCUGAACAGCAGCAACUGAAUGAAGUACACGGGAGGAAGUGGCGGUUAAUGCAGUUCCACACCUUUCCGGUCUAGCAGCAUUGCGACCAGCUCGGCUUAAAGGAGAAAGACGAGAGCUGGGUGAACUAAUCAAGACGGGAGGGGGGAGAUAGAAGGGGGACAAGAAGCGGAGUUUAAUGAGUGGAUACACGUGGUGCUGAAUCACCGAGGAUUUUUUAAAGAAGAGGUCCUUUGCAACAUGCUGAACUUUAUGAGGAAUUGAUGGAGUAGGCACAGAAAGCUGCUUUUUUUUUUUUAAAUCCGGUAGCAGUGAAGAGAUCUAGGGCGCACCCGGUGAGAGGGACCGUCAGACACAAAUACCAGAAAGGAUUCACAAGUGGUUUUUCGGCGCCUUAACGUACACACCUCUGCAGUUUUUAAUCGGCACGGCCUGUGUUUGCUUUAUGUUGACUUGGACAACACAAUGAGCGUCCAACAACAGCUGCUGCCAAGUUUUUAGCUGCACCGUGCCAUGUUGUGUAUAGGCCCAGAAACACUGUGAUACUCUGAACAUAAAUGUCACUGUACUUCACAGUUUCCUUACGCACACUCCCAAACUAAAAAGACCCUCCAUAUUGUACGUUUUAACACCAGUGUGCAUUUUUUAAAAAUGUUCCCUACAUAUUCUCUUCACUGAGUGAUGUUUCCACAAUUAAACCCAUAGUCAAAGUGAAUAACCAUCAGCACAGCAUCACACAUUAUCUUGUUACGGACAAAGUAUUUAUGCACAAGAGUUCAAAAUGGGGAAAAUGCUCUCAAAAAUAUUUGGCAACAAGGAGAUGAGAAUAUUGAUGCUUGGACUUGAUGCAGCUGGAAAGACAACAAUCCUUUACAAACUGAAACUCGGACAGUCUGUCACCACAAUCCCCACGGUCGGCUUCAAUGUGGAGACUGUCACCUACAAGAAUGUCAAGUUCAACGUCUGGGAUGUCGGAGGCCAGGAUAAGAUUCGUCCUCUGUGGCGACACUAUUACACGGGCACCCAAGGGUUAAUUUUCGUGGUGGAUUGCGCGGACAGGGAUCGCAUCGACGAGGCAAGACAGGAACUCCACCGCAUCAUUAAUGACCGGGAGAUGAGGGAUGCCAUCAUCUUAAUAUUCGCCAAUAAGCAAGAUCUUCCGGAUGCCAUGAAGCCACAUGAAAUCCAGGAGAAGCUGGGAUUGACCCGCAUCAGAGAUAGGAAUUGGUAUGUUCAGCCCUCCUGUGCCACCACAGGUGAUGGACUGUAUGAGGGCUUGACGUGGCUAACCUCAAAUUACAAAUCUUAAUGAUUGCUGACUGUUUUAGGUCAAAGCUAUAUGAAAUUUGCAAGUAAUAACUUCUCCGAAUGAAUACGGUUAAGAAGAAGUUGAUUAUCUCCCAUUUAUUUUUAAUACUAAGUUUACCCCAUGACUAAUUUAUCUUUAACUGGGUUUGCUUGCUUACACUUUGCGUGUACUCUGUAGCAGGCCUAUCUCACAUGCAUUACUUUGGGGCUUGCUUGAUGAAUAUUGAUUAAUUGGUCCUAAUGUUAAAGCCACAGAGAUCACCGCCUUUGCCUGUUCUUUGUCCUGUUUUAUAUAAUUUUCUAAUGAAACAUUUUUAGAUUCAAGCUUGUUUCAAGGUUCUUCAGUCUCUUGCAUUGAACUGUUUUUUUCCCUUGUAAGGG